CUGGGUGAGUCCACCGGCGAACUCGGCGGCGCCAGGUGCCUUCAACCUGCCCGGCCCCGGCCCGUCUGCCGCCACAGCUGCACCGGACUCUCCGCCCAAUUGCCGAGAUGGCGACGCGUUCCUGCCGGGAGAAGGCUCAGAAGCUGAACGAGCAACACCAGCUCAUCCUGUCCAAGCUGCUGAGAGAGGAGGACAACAAGUAUUGCGCCGACUGCGAGGCCAAAGGUCCCCGAUGGGCUUCCUGGAAUAUUGGUGUAUUUAUUUGCAUCAGAUGUGCUGGCAUCCAUAGAAAUCUUGGGGUUCAUAUAUCCAGAGUCAAGUCAGUAAACCUAGACCAAUGGACUCCGGAACAGAUACAGUGUAUGCAAGAUAUGGGAAAUACUAAAGCAAGACUACUGUAUGAAGCUAAUCUUCCAGAGAACUUUCGAAGACCACAGACAGAUCAAGCGGUGGAAUUUUUCAUCAGAGAUAAAUAUGAAAAGAAGAAAUACUACGAUAAAAACGCUAUAGCUAUGACAAAUAUUUCCUCUUCUGAUGCUCCUCUUCAGUCUUUGGUAUCCUCUCCUUCUCUGCAAGCUGCUGUUGAGAAAAACAAACUGGAGAAAGAAAAGGAAAAAAAAAAGGAAGAGAAAAAGAGAGAAAAGGAGCCAGAGAAACAGGCAAAAGCUGUUACUACAGAAAAGCUGCAGAAGAAAGAAGAUCAGCAAUUGGAACUUAAAAAGAGUACCAGCCCUAAAAAAACUGUAGAACCCACUGUUGAUCUUUUAGGACUUGAUGGCCCUGCUGAGGCACCAGUAACCAAUGGGAACACAACCACGAUGCCAGCCCUGAAUGAUGAUCUGGAUAUCUUUGGGCCAAUGAUUUCUAAUCCUUUACCCACAACUGUCAUGCCGCCAGCUCAGGGGACACCUGCAGUACCAGUAGCUGCCUCCCUGUCUACAGUAACAUCUGGGGAUCUAGAUCUAUUCCCUGAGCAAACUACAAAGUCAGAAGAAACCACAAAGAAACAGCUCUCCAAAGACUCCAUCUUAUCUCUGUAUGGUACAGCGACCAUUCAACAGCAGAAUACUCCUGGUGUGUUUAUGGGACCUACAAAUAUACCAUUUACCUCACCAGCACCAACUGCAUUUCAAGGUUUUCCAUCGAUGGGAGUACCUGUGCCCGCAGCUCCUGGCCUUAUGGGAAAUGUAAUGGGACAGAGUACAAGCAUGAUGGUGGGCAUGCCAAUGCCUAAUGGGUUUAUGGGAAAUGCACAAACUGGUGUGAUUCCAAUUCCUCAAAAUGUCGUCGGGCCGCAGGGAGGAAUGGUGGGACAAAUGGGUGCAGCCCAGAAUAAGUUUGGUCUGCCACAAGCUCAGCAGCCCCAGUGGAGCCUCUCACAGAUGAAUCAGCAAAUGGCUGGCAUGAGUAUCAGCAGUGCAAAUCCCACAGUGGGUUUUGGCCAGCCCCCAAACACAACAGCAGGAUGGUCUGGAAGCCCAUCGGGUCAGACUCUCAGCACACAGCUUUGGAAAUGA